AUGUAAUAUUAGAUUUAAAUCAUUGACAUAUAGUCCUAUGAAAAUAAAUAGUAUUACAAUGUUAGAAUUACGAAUAACUAUUAUACUUGCUAUCGUGACGUGAGGGUGCGCUUUUCAGAUCUCAAUUAACUGUCUCGAAACCUUCAGGCUGAUAAUUAUCAACUUCAUUUGCCUUUAUUUCCAGAGAAAUCCAUUUUCAAUUCAUGGUUUCAGAGCAGCGAAAGUAAGGAAGAAUUGCAAGAGUAUCUUAAAUCUAUUUAGACCUACUUGUCUCAUAUUAAUAAGUACGAAAAAGAUAUUUAUACUUAAAGAAUCAUAAUCUACAAGCCUGAUGCUAUAAAUAAUUUUGUAUGCAACACUUUUGACCCUGAAAGACUGAAGUGUUUGACUUUUGGCAAAUUAACCAAGGAAAUUCUCUAUAGCAAUUAUAUAAAAUCUGCUUAAAUUAAAAAGAGCUAAUUCAAUAAGGUGUUUAGAGUAAGCGUUAGCUAAGUGGCCUUAACGGUGCAUCAAUAUCUGAUUCCUCAAUGUGACGUUGCUAAAGUUGAAUACGAGCAUUUCAAGCGAUCGCAGUUGCUCAUUUCAGAUUUCACCUACAUUGUCAAGUGUUUGGAAAUAGGCCACAUCCAUAAGAAUAAGCCCUUCUUCAAUAAGAAGAUCAAGAAGACGAUCUACAAUAGAUUUAUCAAAAUCGAAGACUUGCAGUAUGAUACGAUAUACGCAGUUGAGGAAUGGGUGGAAUAACCCAUGAAUGAGCUAAUUUAAUUGAGAGCUUAAACUCAUAAUUUGUUUCAGUUAGAAGUAAUUGUGGAAGCCAUUAUAACUUUGGUGACAGUGGCUUAAUAUUUAUAAUUCUUAUAGAUAUUCUAGAAAUAGUUCUCUGUAAGUUAUUUGUUUUAUGAUGAAAAAAAAGGAUUUAAAGUUGGUGGAUUAUCUCCUAUUCUUGCCUACAAAAAGAAAUACCGCAUUUAAUAUGAUAAAGAAAGGAAUGAUUAUUAAGCUCUACAAGCACCUGAAAGUAAUUCAUAAGCAAAUCAAUUCGGUUUCAAAAGCAAUUUAAAUCUUUCAGUCAAGACCGAUGUUUGGUAAAUUGGGAUGGUAAUUUUGUCAAUGGCUUCACUCACAUUGCCGAUGGAUUUGAUUUCACAAGAUGCUAUUGAAAAUAAAUUGAAAUUUGUUUCAUUACAAUAUGGGGAAAUGUUAGGGAGUUUAAUCAGGAAUAUGCUGUUACGUAAUCCCAUUGAGAGAUGUUCUCUUAUUGAUGUCGGUUGUGCUGCCCAAAAUCUGCUGCCCAUGAAAUUGGAAUACUUAAAGUAUGAAGAGAAAACCGAAAGAAUUUAAAUUACUUCGCUUUCACAACAAUAACUUGAAGAAUUGGACAAGUCUUUUAAAGAGAAGAAAAGAAGAAAAUACAUCAUUCAAAUGAGUGUCAGCAAACCUAUUGUCUAAUAAAUGUUCUUGUUUUAUUUGGAAAGAAUCAAAAGAGAAAAUGUGACUCAAUUAUACAUCAAUCUAUCUCACUAACAGAUUCCUGAUGAGUUCAUUGAUAAAAUGAUGUUAAUAAUCAUUGAAUAUAAGAAUCUAUAGUAACUUAUAUUCAAUACGAAAGAAUGCUCUAUUAAUGAUGUUGCUUGUUUAAAUAUUAUUAAUCAAGCUAAUCUAAUAACUCAAUUAAAACAAUUAACACUGGGAAUAAGCGGAAUUUCAAUUAAUUAGAUUCCUUUAACAAAAUUUCGAGUGGUUGUGUAUAACCAAUGA